UAAACAAAAAUGAAUCACUGGUCUUGAGGUUUCUGUUUACCCGACAUCAUUUCAUAGCUGCCAUGACAACGAGUGUAGCUGCCAUGAGGACGAGUGGAAUGUAGAUUCAAGAAAACAUGGAAUAUAGGAAGCAUGCACAGUGGUCUUUUAUGCCGCUAUUGUUAUGUAUUUGCAUAGCCAUUGUGGAGUCUACAGGCAGCGUUGAAACUUUAAAUCAGAUUGCAGCUAAGUUGGGUGAAUGCCCAGUCGAAUGUGAUUGUGAGCUGAGAACUGAUCAUGUGAAACGAAAUACAACACGAACAUUGGUGGUCGUAAAAUGCAGUCUUGGAGAAACCCCACUCGACUCGGUUUUACAAAAUGUUCUAGCUAACACAACCCAUUUAUACGUAAAUGGAGGACACAAGAGGGUAGGAUCCAUAACACCCGGGUCUUUUCAGAGGUUUAUAAACUUAAAAGUACUGGAAAUUGUAUCCUUUGAGAUCUCCAAAUUAUCGAACGAUACGUUUUAUGGUCUUGCAUCGCUGGAGACACUUAUCAUGAAAGACAACAUGAAAUUAGUAACGUUGGAAGCCUGUGUUUUCUGCCCUUUGAGAAACCUACGGCAUUUAUCGCUGUGGGGCUGUCCCAGACUGUCUUUAAGGAUAUCUACGUCGGAUGUUCCAAAAGCUCUUUGCGGCCUUAACAAAGCGACAAUCGAAACACUGAUUCUUCAUCGCAUUAACAAAGUUGAGUACAAAGGUUCGAGUUAUUUUUUACCUAGAUAUCUGCAAUGUCUACACGGAAGUAAUCUAAAAUCUCUUGACUUAAGCUACAACUGGAUAUCGCUAAUUUAUGCCGGUUUGUCCAACAUGCUGCCCCAUCUUGAAUACAUCACCAUUGCCCAAAACAACAUUAUUGGUGAUUAUCGAGCUGGUUUUGAUAUAAUAAAAUUCACUAAACUCAAACGUCUCAUUUUGAGUUACCAGAACUUUUAUUGGGAUACAUUUAAUGAUGGCGACCCGAAUACCGAAGGGGACCACCCUGUUUUCAGAGAACAACGUGAGAAAAGUAUUAAUACAACUGACUUAGAUAUAUCUAAAAUUGGACGUACUCUUGAUGAAGCAAUUGCUAAGGGGGAUAAAGUAAACUCCGACAAUACUGUAAAGGACUUUGCCAUCGACCCGUACUGCUCUCCAUUCAGUUUUCCAUUGCCAAAAGAUCUGGUCGAGAUAAAAAUAGAUAACUUUCGACCUGGUCUUGAAAUUCAACGAGGAAUUUGUUUUGCUGAAAAUUCUUUGAGAAAACUAAAUGUCGCCAAUGCAAACAUUCCGAUAUUCAGAGGCCCUGUAAAAGGAUUCAAUCAAUUGGAGGAGUUGGACAUGCGCCACAAUCUGAUUGGUGUUCGUGAGGAUAUAGCCAGAGACGCAUUUUACUUCCUACCGUCUCUUCGUGUUUUGUUACUCGGCAAUAACAAUCUAGGUAGAUGUUUAUCCAACGACACAGAUGGACUAACAUUUUCUCAACUCCCAAAACUUGAAGAGCUUGAUCUCAGUAGCAAUAAUAUUAUAUCUCUUCCAUCUGAUAUGUUUAAAAGUCUUGCUAACUUGAGAAAGCUCAACAUUAGUGGAAAUAAAAUAGUAUCAUUUCAUGUGAACUUUAAUCACAACCCUUGGAUGAUAGUUUUUGAUUUAUCAAAUAAUGAAUUACGCAGCUUGUCAGCAGGGAACCGUGAGACGUUUGAUUCACUUUUUAACAAACACGGGGAACUAUUUCACGUCGACUUAACCGAUAACAACUUUAUGUGCAGCUGCAAAUCUGAAAGUAGUGAAUAUUUAAAAUGGUUCAAAGAAACAAAACCGUUUUUGAAAAGUUAUGACGAAUACGAAUGCUUCUUUUCGGAAGAUGACGCCACCUAUCGAAUCUCCAAUCUCGACACUAACCAUUAUAGGACUAUUUGCGAUUAUGCAAAUAUAUUAAUCGCAAAGUUGGUAGCUGGAUUUGUAUCUUUGGGUAUUGUUAUCGCCAUAACAACGAAGCUGAUUCACUUUUAUAGAUGGCGUAUACGUUACUGGAACUUUGCAUUCAAACAACUUUGGAAGCGAUAUAGGUACAAAAGAUAUAUCGAGGGACAUGAAAUCAAAUAUGACGCCUUUGUGUCUUUUCAAAAUGAUGAUUUGAAUUGGAUACGUAAUGAACUUUGCAAAAAUAUUGAAGAUACUGGUGACUUUAAAUUGUGUAUUCACCACAGGGACUUUGUAGUUGGUGAAUUUAUUUUAGACAAUAUUGUAAAUGCCAUCCAGAGUAGCCGGCAAACAAUCAUUGUCGUUUCAGAAAAAUACCUUAAUAGCAAUUAUACUCAUUUCGAACUCCAGAUGGCAUACUCUAUGAUGAUUGACAAAGGCGUUGAUAUCAUUAUAGCAGUAGUGUUAGAUCCUAUUGAGGGUCUUUUACGACAUCCAAAUAUGACGUCCACUUUGAAGCGGCUUCUAAUGCAGAAGACUUAUAUUCAAUGGGAAACGCAUGAUUUUUGGGAAAGAUUGAAACUUAAACUUAAUGACAAGAAUAGAUCAUUUGAUAUAUGAUGAUCUAAUAUGUCUUGCUUUGUAUCCUCCAUAAUACUGGUUAAAACAACGAUGUCGAUAUGUUGGUGAUGCAUAAUUUGUUGAAUGUUUCGCUAGAGAGUGCCCAUAGGUGUUACCUUUUAAAAGACAGACAUUGACGAAGCAUAGUUAUUUUUGGGGUUAAUUUAGGUUUUAAUGUCCGAUAUUUUGUAUCCUCCAAACAUUAAGAUUUCAGCUAUGCACAAAUACGAUUUCAAAUAAUUAUUUUGGG